AUGGAUUCCUACAGCUUUAUGGAAGACGAUAUGCAUAAUUUUGAUUUAGAUCUGGAACUAGAUGCGAUUAUUUAAUGGGUAUAAUAAUAAGUUUUGCCAAACUAUAUUGAGUUUUACCAUGAUUUCGAUUUUAAGCCUAAAUCGGUCAAAGACACAUGGAAGUAGAUCAUUGAGAAUUUUUAAAAGCUUCGCAACAGUCUGAUAAAAUAAGUGAAUCAUUCGAAACAGGAUAAGCAUUUUCAUGAUGACAACUCAAAUUAGGAUUCAGAAGUUUAAUCUGAUAGUCAAUCAUUCAUUGGGAUUAUAGAUAAUUUACCUUAGGACUUAGUAGCACAAAGCCUUAAUAGUGAUGGAUAGGAUCUGAUUAUUACUAAAAACACAGUCCACAUCUACUGUUCUGUAAUCCUCUACCUUUGUGUCAGAUCUCAACAAUCAUAGACUUAUAUUCAUCAUAUUACAGAUCUUGACAGCCAAUAUUAAGAGGUAAUCAUGAAAAUAUUAGAGAGAUUAGGACUUUCAGGGUCAAGGUCCCAGUCUCAAAUAAUGUUUCACAAGUCCUACACAAAUUCAAACUUUAGUUCACCAACUAAAUUUAACUUGCUUGACUAAGAGGAUAAUGAUAAUAUAGGUGAACUACCAUAAAAUGAUUCAGGUUUCAAACUCAGGAUGAUAAGUGAUUCUAAUGAUACCUAUUUGUACUAGUAAUAUCAUAGCAAUGGAGGAGGUUACGGCAAUAGUGGACAUAAGCUGUAUGAUAACUAAUAAUUCCUAGCUUAAUAUGAAACUUAAAGACCUUCGAUUUCUAGAAAUAGUCUACUUCAGACAACAGGAAGUAAACAAAAAAUAUUGAAUUCAUCCUAAAAAGAGCCUUUUGAUACUAUAGCUAAGAUUUAAGAUCUAGAGACAGAAAAGAGGCAGCUUUCCAUAGAUAAUGAUAACCUAAAAAUACAAGUAGCUGAGUUGAACAGAAAGGUUGAUGAAUUGAAUGUUAAAAGCGAGCAUCUUUAUCAAGAGAAGUAGAAACUCCAUGAUUAGCUUUUGAAGUAUGAGGUGAUGGAAACAGACUAAAAAGCUUUGCAAAAGGAGAUGAAAAAUUUAAAGUUUGAAAAAGUGCAAUAAAUAUAAGAUUUGAAGCAAAGACUCCUAGACAAGCAUGAGGAAUUAGAACUGACAAAAGAUCUUUUGAUGAAAAAGGAGGGAAUUGAGAGCAAAAUCGAGGAUUACAAAAAUAAAUUAGAAAUACUUAAAGAUGCAGUUGAUAUAAAGAAUUAGACAUUGUUGUAGAUGAAAGAUCUAGAGCUACAAUUGAGAGAGUCAUAAAAUUAGACCUUAUAACUUUAAAAAUUGGCCCAAAAGCUCAAAGAAGAGGUUAUUAGAGAAAAAGAUACUAUGGUGUCUAAAGACACUAAGAUAAUGAGAUAUGAAUAAGAGAUAGACAUGCUAAAAGAGGAUAAUAAGAGAUAUGUGAACUCAAUCGAUAAGAAAGAUGAGCAGCUAAAAUAAUACAACAGAUAGGUUAUUAAAUAAUAAACAGAGAUUGAGGAACUAUAAGAACAGCUUAAUAAAAAUUUAAUCAAUAAUGUAAUUUAAGACAUCUCUUGCCAGUAAUAGCAGCAACAAUAACCUUAAAAUCCAAAUUAUAAGUAAGAUGCAUUAAAUGAGAAUUCUCUUGAAAUUAUGGUAUUGGAACUAAAAGAUUAAUUGUUCUACGCAUAGAUAGAGAAUGAAAACUUAAAGAAAGUAAUUGAAUAAUAAAUAAAAGACUACAGGCCAGAUAAGAUAGAAAAGUGUGUCUUAAUCAUUGAUGAAACUGAUGAAAACUAAUAAUAUCUAUUAUUAAAUGACAAUUAAAAGAAAUCAUUUAACCAACAUCAUUCUUAAGAUAUCGAAGAUUAACUGAGAUAAAAAAUCUCAAUCCUUGAGGAAAAUAUAUUGUAAUUAUAAAACGAUCAGUAACCAUAAAAUAACUAUUAUUGCACAACCAAAUAAUAUGCCAUUAAUGAAUAAUCAACCUAAGAAAGCAAUAGCUUGUUAUAGUAUAAAUUGUAAAAUUAUGAAAAUGCAAUUUUAGAAUUAAAGGAAUCUAACAAUUCAAAAGAAGCUUUAAUGAGGUCAUAAUCAUCAUAGAUAAUGGAAAAGAUUAUUGAAAAUUAAAACUUAAGAAGGACAGCGGAAGAAUUAAAUCUAAAACUUGACUAGCUAGGAAUGAAAUACAAACAAUUGAAAGCUGAUAUACUGACAAAGGAUAAAACUCAAUAACUGUUUUACUAAAUCUAAAAGGAUCAAGAAAUGGAAAUAAAGGUAAAGUAGUAAGAAAGUGAAUCAUUAAAGAAUAAAAUUUAAGAAUUGGAAAAUUUGUUUAAAGAUAAAAUGGCUUAGGAGCUAAAGAAAGUAAUAAAGCAAAGCAGAGAAAAAGAGAGGUUGAAGUUAUAACUUGAGUAAAUAACAACUAAUAAACAAGAAAGCGAGAUAGAGAGUAAAAACGAAUCUUUUAAGUACAUAGAAAAUAUGAAAUCUCUUGGAGUCCAGCUAGAAAAACUGAAGACUACUCUUUAAGGAAAUACUAAAGGUAAUUUAAGUCAAAGAUAAUGCAGCACAACUCUGAUUUGCAAUGAAGAUUAAAAGAUGAUUUCAAAUGAAAUGCAAGUUAAUACCCUCUAAAGUCGAAAUGAAAUUAAAAAAUAGCUACCAACUAUGAUGAGAUCAAUGAAAGCUAAAUUAGGAAAUUUAGGAUAAUCGAGAAAUGAUAAAAAUUCUUUAAAUAGCUUUUCUAGAAACUAUCAAUCUAUGAAUUUAUUCAAAACAAGUAAUAGCAAUACUCUGCAGCCUAGAAAUCUUAACUUGUAAAUUUAAGGCAUCAGAUCUUAGAAAAAUCUUUUUAGUUCGUUUUUAGUCUAGGGAUAGUAAAGUAAUGUCAUUUUAGAGGAAGAUGCUUGUGAUUUUGUUAUAAAUUAGUGA